GUUCACACAGCUGACCUGAGAUGGCCUUGAUGAAUUUAAAAUGUUUCCAAGCAUAUACUUCCAGAGUACAUGCAUGCAGACAGCUGCUAACUGGAGGGAGAGUUGUAAGCCACUUUGGUUCAGAAAAAGGGCUGCUGGGCCUCUAUGGCUCUCCGGCCUUGCAAAUAGCAUGUUCAGUGCCUGGCGCGCAAAGCACAGUUUGUAGAAAUUAUCAUGUGGAGCUGGGAAAUCCUCCCAGCUCCAUUAUGGGAAUGGUGAACCUCCACGGAGAGGCAAGUGAUCAGUUCAAAUCAAAUGGCAAACGGACAGAGAAACAGGAGCUUUUGAAGGAGUUAAACAAUUGCCACUCGUACAAAGAAAUUUUCAAAUUUGUGACUUCUCUGGAAAGUUUAACGGACACCACAGUGGCAGCUGUCUUCCAGCGGCUGUGUGAUGUUGAAGUGGAGGAUGGGAGGGUGAAGCACGCCCAGGAGCUGGCGGAGGACAAAAUCUUCCAAUCCCUUUGUUUCCAGCUGGAACAAGAAUCUCCAAACCUGUCUGACUUUGGUCUUGUGAAUUCACUAAGUGCCUUGAUAAAGUUGCGCGUGGACCCAUGGAGUACCUUGGUAAUUCGUUUGAUAUCGGAGAGCCAGAAACGUCUCAAAAAGGGCCAGCUGACCAUCAAAGAUUUGUGUGAUCUUGCCGAAGGCUUAUUUGACCUAGAAGGUCCAGACUGUGCAGUGCUGGAACAAAUUAUGGACGAGGUGCAGAGUGCAAACCUUAAGGACUGGAAACCUGAUGAAAUGGCCAUGGUGUACAGAAUUCUGCAGUUGGGUGUAGGAAAGACAGGUAAAUACCAAGGCCUGUUGAACAAAAUGAACAAUUUAACUGUGAGUCAAGUUUUUGAAUUCAGCCCCAAACUGACAAGUGCAGUACUGAAUGCUCUGGUUGUUCUUGAUCAAACCCAAGCUAUCCCCUUGGUGAUAAAGCUUUGUAAGUAUUCUAUACGCCACAUUCCCCGUUUCACAGAUGAUGAAAUCAUUCAUGUUCUGGAGGCUUUCAUUCAUUUUGGACACAACGAUCCAUUCUUCACAGAAGCCCUGGAAAAACACAUUGCCAAAUACGCCUUCACCCUGCAGCCCGAGGUGGUCUCCAAAGUCAUGCAGUACUGCAGCAGGAAGCACAUCCUCUCCAAAACUAUCUUCAACGCAGUGGCAGAAAGUUUCAUUUACAAGGCAGAUAGUUUCACGUCCGUUCAGAUUGCCGAGCAGAUUAUCCCAUUUGGGAAACUCAAUUACCUUCCACCCUGUGCUCCGUCCCUCUUCCAGAAACUGGAAAGGGUGCUCAGUGCCCGAUUUGCUGAGUUUCAGCCCCAUGUUCUAUUGAACCUGCUUCACUCAUUCACCCUGGUUGAACGCUAUCCACUCAAUUUUCUGGCAAAAGUAUUUCGUCCUUAUUUUCUGCAGCAGUUGCAAGUUGAAAGACCUGGUUUGACGAGAUCUGUCCUUUCUCAGCUGACCCAGCUAUUUCUAACUGUUACAGUGGAAUGUCCCUCCUACGAGGGUCCCAAACUGCUUCCAAAAUACCGAGUCAAGUCCUUUCUUACACCAGACCAUUCACUGGAGUCCUCUGUAGACAUUCACUUCUACAACCAAGUCAAGGCUGGCCUGAUUGACCUGUUGGGAGCCCGGAAGUAUUUUGCCUCCCAUGUGUUGACCCCUUACUACUAUACUAUAGAUCUUGAGAUUAAACUCGAUGAAGAAGGGUUUGUGUUGCCUGCUAACCAAUAUGAUGAGGUGAGCCAGAGAAUAGCUCUCUGUAUUGAUGAUCAAAAGAGGUUUUGCAUCAACAAUCUAAACCUCCUUGGAAAAGAAGCCAUUAAAAGGAGGCACCUCAAGCUGGUUGGUUAUGAAGUGGUGCAGAUUCCAUUUUUUGAAUUUGAAUUGCUGGACAGCCAAACUAAUAUAGUGGAGUAUCUACACAAGAAAAUAUUUCCUAACUCCUACAGACUCAGCUGGUGAUGCAACAAAAUCCAAA